CUUCGACACAUGUGCGCAUUACCGAAUUCAAUUUUUAGCGGACCGUGCUGCUCUAAAGUUAAACAUAAAACAACCCUAAAAUGGCAUUUUCCGUCGCAAGAAUUUUCUCAAGUGUGGCCGGUAGAAUGGUGACAAAAUGUAGACAUACCACACAAGCUACAGUAGCCUCAAAAUGUCUACUUUCUAUUCAGAAGGAGGGUCAAAUGAGUCGUACUUUUACGAGAUCGUUUUGGUAUCUUUGCAAUCACUCCAGCCGGAACAGCGGCUCGUCAGCCGGGGGAGAUAUCAGCCACGUCCUGGCCAAGGCAACAAGGUUGAGAGAACCGGGCAAACUGUGUAGCUGUGGUUGUACUGGCAUGCAUACAAAGGGUGAUGAGGAGUUGGCAGAUUAUUUAGAAAACGAGAUAAAGUUGGAACGAGACAGCCGGCAGUUUCCAACCGUUCCAAAAAUCCCAGACUUUACACUGACGCAAGAAAAUGCUGUGGCAACCCUGACAAAAGUCAGUAAUGGAGAAACGGUGAAAGUUACCUUUAAUUUGAAUCAUUCUGUUGAAGAAGAGCCCCAGGGUGAAGAGGCAGAGCAAGAAGGUGCUGCAGCAUCUCGGCUCCGCUCAUAUCCAGAAUUUAAUGUAGAGAUCACUAAGGAUACACAGAGCUCCUUGUCCAUUAGUUGUCGUUUUGAUGUGAGUGAGGAAUUGGACGAGGAGGCAGCGGAACCAGGGAGCGAGGACCUCUUCAUCAUCGAUGAGGUCAGCAUACACGACGGCAAGAUGGACGAGGGAAUAUUCAGUGUUGGCUCAGAGGUCAUGGAUGGUAAUCUUUAUAACUUCCUGUUGAACUCUUUGGAGGAACGAGGCAUCAAUGAUGAGUUUGUAGAGAAACUCUCGGAUCUCGCCAGCGCCCUGGAACACAAGCUCUACAUCGACUUCCUUCAGAAGCUUCAAGGGAUCGCCAAAUUCUAAAGGCAAGCAGACUCGCCUGUGAAUCCUUGUUUGUUUUUAUUAUCAUCAUUGAACAGUUUUCAAGCCAAAGAAACAGUUCAUGUCUGAAAAGCUUGUGCACUGUUUUAUUGUACAUUUUAAGCAUUAACAAGAAUGUAUUGGUAGGCACCAGCGGCCAUUUUGCUGGUGGGUCGCUGACUGUUUUGUUUCGGUACUGA